UGGAAGAUGGUACCUGAUGACUGAUGAGUAAUGACUCGUCAAUCCUGGCGUACCACAAUGUGAGUUAGAAAAACCAAACACCAUCCUACUGAGGGAGUUGAACUUGAAGUUUGAAGGUUAACGUUCAUUCUCUCGAAGUCUCACCCAUUGACUCAAAUCCAAUCCACCUAACUUUUCAGUUAGGACAUAACACAAACACCUCACAUACACACUUACACACAAACCAUUCUAUAAUAAAUAACCUCCUCCACCGUUCAAUUCUAUCCAACCACCACCGAAAAUGGAUAAUUCCACCCAAGACUCUCACCUCCGAUCCGAAAACUCCGUCACCUAUGACUCCCCUUACCCUCUCUACGCCAUGGCCUUCUCCCCCAACAACAACAACAACUCCCACUCCGCCGCCACCACCACCCAACGCCUCGCCGUCGGAAGCUUCCUCGAAGAAUACACCAACCGCGUCGACAUCCUCUCCUUCAACCCCGACACCCCCUCCAUAAGACCCCAACCUUCCCUCUCCUUCGACCACCCUUACCCGCCGACCAAGCUCAUGUUCCACCCCUCCACCCACUCCCCGCUUCUCAAAUCCUCCGCCGUCGACCUCCUCGCCACCUCCGGCGACUACCUCCGCCUCUGGGAGGUCCGGGAGAAUUCCGUCGAGGCGCUUUCUCUCUUCAACAACAGCAAAACCAGCGAGUUCUGCGCCCCGCUUACCUCCUUCGAUUGGAAUGAAAUCGAGCCCAAGCGUAUCGGAACCUCCAGCAUCGACACCACCUGCACCAUCUGGGACAUAGAGCGCGGCGUUGUGGAGACGCAGCUCAUCGCGCAUGACAAGGAGGUCUACGACAUCGCAUGGGGUGAGGCUAGGGUUUUCGCUUCCGUUUCCGCUGAUGGGUCUGUGAGGAUCUUCGAUCUGAGGGACAAGGAGCACUCUACCAUCAUCUAUGAGAGCCCUCAACCGGAUACCCCUUUGCUCCGUUUGGCUUGGAACAAGCAGGAUUUGAGGUACAUGGCUACUAUCUUGAUGGACAGCAAUAAGGUUGUGAUAUUGGAUAUUAGGUCGCCGACCAUGCCGGUGGCGGAGUUGGAGAGGCACCGUUCGUGUGUCAAUGCCAUUGCUUGGGCUCCUCGGAGCUCGAAGCAUAUUUGUUCUGCUGGGGAUGAUUCUCAGGCUCUUAUUUGGGAGUUGCCUACUGUGGCUGGACCUAAUGGGAUUGACCCUAUGUUCAUGUAUUCUGCUGGUUGUGAGAUUAACCAGCUGCAGUGGCCUGCGGCUCAGCCGGAUUGGAUUGCGGUUGCUUUUGCGAACAAGAUGCAGCUUUUGAAGGUUUAAUUGAGUUUGAGCUGCAGAUAACCUUUUAUUGGUCAGAAAGUAGUUAGAUGAUUUGCUUGAAACGACUUCCCCUUGUAGACUAAAGAAUAAUCGUUCCAUUAUCUGGAAAGAUGUUUGCUGAUUUACUGAUUUGGAACAUUUAACCGUUUGUGUGGAGAUUCAGGUAGAGGGCAGAGUAAUUUUGUUGUGAUUACGUUAAAUUGAGUAGAUAGAGUGCAAGGUAGUAAAAUACAUUUUAGAAGAAUCUUAUAAUGACUCAUAUGUGUCUAACUUGCUUGAGCAUUGGGAGAUGCAGCAUAUCCAUCGAAAGCUAUUGUAUAUUCCUUCAGCAAUAUUGAAUUUCAAAUAGAAAUUAGAAA